AUGUCUUCUGAGCUAAUAUUUGAUUUCUCACAAGAAAUUUUAAACUUAUUAAAAAAUAAUGAUGAAUAUAAUGUGAUAAUUCAUGUUGGAGAGGGCGAAAAUGAGAAAACGUUUCAGGCCCAUUCGUUGAUUUUAAGGGCCAGAUGUAGCUAUUAUGAAACUGCUUUAUCCAAAAAAUGGGCCAAAAAAGAAAACGAUUCCAACAUCCUAAGACACCCUGAUAUUACUUCAAAAGUUUUCAAAAUUAUUCUCGA